AUGGCGUACCGCUACAGCGUUUCGCAGUCUAGCAUUGGAAGUCUGAUUUCUGAAGUCACCCAGCACAGCAUCGAAUAUUCGACCGAUCCAUCAGAACGCGACUCCAAAGCCAACACAGCCCAUUCACCUGUAUCAGCGGACGAAAUACCAGUCACUGUUUUCUUCCCCAAAUGCACGUCGGAUGUCUCUAUGAUCCUUAAAGCAUGCAACGAGCGCCGCAUACCGGUAACCUCAUUCUCUGGCGGCACAAGUUUUGGAGGUGCAUUGACAUCAACAAGAGGAGGUAUCUGCAUCAGCUUUGAGAGGAUGAAGGAGAUUGUCGCAUUGCAUCAAGAUGAUCUUGAUGUCGUGGUUCAGCCUGGACUGGGUUGGGUGGAGUUGAACGAGCAGCUGAAAGACAAGGGGGUUUUCUUCCCUGUGGAUCCGGCACCAGGUGCGAGUAUCGGCGGCAUGAUCGCAAUGAGUUGCUCGGGUACGAACGCAUACCGAUAUGGAACGAUGAAGGAAUGGGUUGUCUCUUUGACUGCUGUCUUUGCCGAUGGUACGGUUGUCAGGACGCAUCGCCGCCCGAGGAAGUCGGCUGCUGGCUAUGAUCUCACACAUUUGGUCAUUGGAUCGGAGGGCACGCUUGCAUUGGUCACGGAGGCGACACUGAAACUUGCUGUACUGCCACAGAACCUCCACGUUGGCCUCGUCACCUUUGAUACGUUCCAGCAAGGCGUCGAUAUUGUCGUUGCGCUGCAACGGGCAGGACACCAGCUCGAAGCUCUCGAGCUCGCAGACGGGCCACAGGUGCAUGCAAUCAACCACUCCCGACUCGCGCAGGUGGCGUUGCCAGAAAAGCCGACGCUUUGGCUCAAGUUCGCUGGCUCCUCACCUCAGCUUGUCCGUGAUCAAAUUCGCACCGUCAAAAGCCUGUGCGAGAAGCAAAAGGCGCUGACACAUGAGAUCACGUCUGACAAAUCGCGCGUCGACGUCCUAUGGGGCGCGCGUAAAUGCAUUGGCAACGCGCUCGUAGCCAUGAAGAAGAACCCCACAGAUCUCUUCAUGCACUCCGACUGCGCCGUCCCCAUAUCGAACCUCGCUGCUCUCGUUGAAGGAACCCAGAAGCUCAUUCAAGAAGCGAACGCCGCUAGCCAAGCAUCGUCGCCAGACUCAAAGCAGCCCUGGUUCUGCGCCAAUGUAGGGCAUGUGGGCGACGGGAACGUACACUCGUCGAUCAUAUGUCCUGCAGCUGACAAGCCGCGAGUGGAUGAGGUGCUAAGGAAGGUAGCCAAGCUGGCGCUAAGUCUGGAGGGUACGGUGACGGGCGAACAUGGCGUGGGACUGAAGCAGAGGGAUGCGCUUGCCGAUGAAGUGGGAAUGGAAGGGAUCAGCAUCAUGAGGAGAGUCAAAGGCGCGCUCGAUCCGAAGGGGAUCUUGAAUCCUGACAAGGUAUUCACGCUAGAGAAUGAUGAGUUGAGGAGUGAGAAGGCAAAGCUUUAG